AUGGCCACCACGGACGCCAGCGGCAACGAGGCCAUUAUAGGCAGCCUCUUCAGCCCUCCCUCGCUGCCGUUUGAGCCCUCGGGCGGCAGUGGCGGGGUGUCGUGUGCCAGCGGAGCGAAAAAGCGACAGUCGCAGACUUCAGAACCGCUGCAGCCACAUGCGCCAAAUGCCACUUCACUCGAUGCCGCCACGAUCCCCAGCACGGGUAGCAGCGGGGCGAGUAGCCAACAGAGCGGCGUUGCACGUUCAGGCGGCGACGGCGGCGGCAACGUGGCGGGGAUGCGCACCGCCUCUCCGAUUUCUGGUGUGCCGCCGAAUGAGGGAUACGCGAUGUCGCCCUCCAUGUACGCCCCCACCUUGGGGCAGCCUCCGCAGCUACGGCACGGCGUGCAACAGUACCCAGCUUCUAUGCCUUCUAGCACAGCCACGCCACCAGCCGCCACCACAAAGCAGCCAGAAAAUGUUCAUGGCUUCCAUGGGUCGCGGCCGGCGCUUAUGCCAGGAAAAGAACUGAUGCUGGAGCGGCUCGUGGCCUGCUUAGGCGAGUCCAAAGGCAUGGCGGCGGCCCAGCUUGAGAGAGCCGAGGCUCUCGCCCUCUCAUUCCCCGCUGUGGAUGUUCUGCGGAAAGUGAUUGAACACUUGGACGAGGAUAUUGAGCGGCUCAUUCAACUCCGGGACAUGUCUGUCGCCUCCAGCCCCGUGAACGGGGUGGCGGCGUUCCAGCAGACGAGAGGCGAGGCGUCAAGGGGCGCCCUCGCCACAUCAGAGGUGCAGUUGUCUAAUCCUCAAUAUCGACAACAACAGCCACCACCAGCAGCAGCAACACCAACACUGCAACAGCAGCAACAGCUGACCGACGCAAACGGUGCGCCUCUUUUUUGUGCACCUGCGCAAGCAGCCGCAGUAGCGUUUUCUGACCAGGGGCUAUGGUCGCAUCCGGAGGCACGAAAUGAAUCAAUGAACCACGGCGGCAGUAAUUAUGCGGAUGGGUCUGGCUUGGGCGCGGAAGCGGCGACAGCCAUGAGGCAGCAGCAGCAGCAACAACAACAACAACAGCCGUAUUCACAGCUUGAGGCCAUCACGCCAACCUCGGGGCAGCUCACCCCGUACGGUGGCGAGGUUGGAGCAUCCACGGCGCAGGCGUAUUCGAUGGCAAGCCCAACGUAUAUUGCGUCUGGCGGGGAUUCGUCAGCCAUGCACGCUGCAUCAGCGGGGACGACGGGGCACGGCUUUAUAGAGGCCCCCGUCCGGGGUCGUGGUCGGGGACGCGGAGGGUCGCUGCUUGGUUUCCCGCCCCCCCCUGUGGAGCAAUCGCCCUCCGCGCAGCCCAAAGAGGUGCCGCCGUUCCUCGCCUUUGUAGAGUUUAAGCGGCGCCGGGUGCGCAAGUACGAGUGCUCGCUAGACAUUUCCCCGGGCAGCUACGUCACGGUAGACGGGGAUCGUGGAAGGGACUGCGGUCUGCUUGUGCAGACCAUAAAGACACUGCCCGAUGGCAGCACCAACUCCUUCUGCAUGGACGGCACGAACGUCAUCCCAGACAAGAUGAAGCUGGAGAAGGGACGCGUGCUGGGGCUGGCGACGGAGGAGCAGACCACCUACCUGCACGGCACCUUGGCGAACUCAGAACGCGUGGCCCUAGAGACCUGCAGAAGGCUCUGCGACGAGCUGGGCAUCGACAUAGACCCGAAGGACUGCGAGUACCAGUUUGACAUGUUUAAGGUAAGCUUCUACUUUAACAGCGAGCACAGCGUCGACUUCCGUCCGCUGGUGCGCGAGCUGUACCGCAUCUUAGGUGUGCGGAUCUGGAUGGAGAACACGAACCCAAACGUGAAGAAUGCCAGGCCCAUCACGGAGGCGGGGGGGAACGGCAACGCCGAGGACGCCGCCGCGGUGGGCGAGGGGACCGGUUCCGGUUUCAACCCGCACCUCCACGCCCAUAGGCGCGGCGGUGGCGCGGGCCCGGCCGCGGUGAGUGGGGGCAACAGCAACGGCACCGGCGCGGGUAGGCGACGCGGGCAACGCCGGGGCCCGCAGAAGCACACACAAGAGAAGGACAGCAGGAAGUAG